GUAUGGGGCGAUGACUUAUCGAUAUGCCGAUCUUGCUGUCAGUAAUUAGCUAAACUAUCAUCGCUACAGCACGAGCACACCGCUCAGUGUUGUUAUUGGGUUCGCAACCACUGCUUGGGUGAGAUCGCACGCGCGGGCUGUUUGCUAUAAAAAGACCAGAAAGGCAGUUGCGUAAAUCGAACAGAUCAGUACAAUGGCUGCAGCAAACUUAAAUCUUGAUGAAUUGAGUUUAGAUGAAAAUAACGCAAAUGAUUCUAACACUGACUGCAGUGAAAAUGUUGAAGAAAAUGUUGACAGACAAAUUGCGCCAUCGCCCACAGAACAACAAUUGUCUGUUGCAGACCUUGAAAAGCCAGAGGCCUUAACUGGCUUAACGCAUGAGUGCGGUGUUUUCGGUGCAAUUGCUUGUGGCGAUUGGCCUACGCAAAUUGAUAUUGCACAUGUAAUCUGUCUGGGUUUAGUGGCCUUACAACAUCGAGGACAAGAGUCUGCAGGUAUUGUUACCAGCGAGGGCAAGUCUUCAAGAAACUUCAAUGUACACAAAGGGAUGGGCAUGAUAAGCAAUGUUUUCAGUGAUGAUUCAAUGAAAAAAUUAAAAGGUAACCUUGGUAUAGGUCACACACGCUAUUCGACAUCUGCCGCUUCAGAAGUUGUUAAUUGUCAGCCGUUUGUGGUGCACACCUUGCAUGGAGCAAUGGCUGUUGCACAUAAUGGUGAGUUACUAAAUUGUGAAUCAUUACGUCGUGAAGUAUUAGGUCGCGGUGUGGGUCUCUCUACCGUUAGUGAUAGUGAGUUAAUAACCCAGUCAUUAUGUUGUACACCUGAGGGUGUAUCGGAGGCUGAUGGGCCGGACUGGCCAGCACGUAUAAGGCACUUUAUGCAACUAGCACCGCUCUCAUAUUCGUUGGUGAUAAUGCUAAAAGAUAAAAUUUAUGCAGCGCGUGAUACUUAUGGUAAUCGGCCUUUAUGUUUGGGUAAGAUCGUGCCAUUGAAUAUAGGCGAAUUGAAUAAGGAAGACGCACCAGCUGAUGGUUGGGUGGUGUCCAGCGAAAGCUGUGGUUUUCUGUCAAUUGGUGCACGGUAUGUGCGCGAAGUAGAACCUGGAGAAAUUGUAGAGCUCACUCGAAAUGGCUUUCGUACUAUCGACAUAGUUGAAAGGCCAGAUCACAAAAAGAUUGCUUUUUGUAUCUUUGAAUAUGUGUAUUUUGCACGCGGAGAUUCUAUAUUCGAAGGACAAAUGGUUUACACUGUACGUAUGCAAUGUGGACGUGAAUUAGCUAGAGAGGCACCGGUGCGGGCUGAUAUAGUAAGUUCUGUGCCUGAAUCGGGCACAGCCGCAGCACACGGUUAUGCAAGAGAAUCAGGUUUACAUUUUGCAGAAGUUUUGUGUAAGAAUCGUUAUGUUGGGCGUACAUUUAUACAACCUUCAACACGCCUACGGCAGUUGGGUGUAGCCAAAAAGUUCGGUGCACUCUCUGAAAAUGUUGCUGGAAAACGUUUAGUGCUUAUUGAUGACUCAAUAGUUCGAGGUAAUACGAUUGGACCUAUUAUACGAUUAUUACGUGAUGCUGGGGCGUUAGAAGUACACAUCAGAAUUGCAAGCCCUCCCUUACAAUAUCCUUGCUAUAUGGGCAUAAACAUACCAACGCGGGAGGAGCUCAUAGCAAGUAAAUUAAAUGCAGAACAACUAGCUAGGCACGUAGGCGCUGACAGUUUGGCUUAUCUAAGUGUAGAGGGCUUAGUUAAAGCAGUAAAACUGAACCGACAAGCAUUGAAUCCAAGCAAAACUGGUUACUGUACAGCUUGCCUAACCGGACAAUAUCCAGUUUCAUUGCCAGAUGAAUUAAGUUGGUGAAGCGGUCAACUUUAUUAUGUGUUGAAACAAUUGCAUUUUGAAAGUAGCGCAAAAUAUUUUGUAGUUAAUUAUAUUUAACAAAAGUAAUAAUUAAGUUGCAAUUUUAUAAUUUCAUUAUAAUAAAAUUGCAAAUUUAUUCGAGAUGUAAUUUUGCACUUGUUGCAAAAUAAAAUUUUGCAAUUAAGAGGAAGCUUCGAUGAAAACAACAGCUUUUAAUUAAGUAUCCUACUGUAAGAAGUAGCAAAACCAUUAAUUGUUUUAACCUAUCUAUUAUUAUUAUAUUAUUACUAUACUAUAUAUUUGAUUAUAAAUUCUAAUUGAAAUGCAUUUAAACAGAGACUAUUAAUCUAGAUACACUGCAAGAGUAUUCCAUAACACAAAAAGUACAAGUUCAGCAUUGAUUCUAAUUAAUCACAAUCUCAAUAAUAUAUUAAAAUUAGAUCUGUAUUGAUUAUCUAUUAAUUAUUAAUUAUUAUAGCACAGUAAAAUAAUAAAGCUUCAUGAAACAUCAUAAAUUCCCCAUAAGUGGACCAUACAACUUCUACUCUAUUGUUAAAAAAUUCUUGUA